AACAAAGUCACUGUGAUUCUAAAAUAUUAACUCUAAUUGUGGUUAUUUUCAUGUUGACUAAUUAUUUCUCAAAAUGAUUGCUGACAAUAUCGAUUCUGAACAAACUGUGAUCAAAGUAAAGCUAUCGGGUGAAGAUUAUCGUGACAUUGUGAUCGACUGGACGGAUACAAGUCAAGCAUAUGAACAACAAGUGUUUAGCCGACUUGCGGAAAUAUCAGAAAUACCGGUUGAACGUAAUGCAGAAUUUACUUUUAUGGUUGGUAAUGACAGAUAUGAGCGUUUCAUCAACAAACGUACAGAACCUAAACUCGAUUUCACUCGUUAUGUGCGUAUGUGGCUAGAAUUUAACAGAGAAAAUCUUUCGAACCUGAUAAAUGGCAAUGAACACUUUGGUCUUGCCUUAAGGCCGUUCUGUGAUGACAAUAAGCAUUUUUACAUUGGUUACAUUUUCGUACCAGAAAGAUUGAUGGAUCCAACUGAAUGUACUCUAGAUUUUUGUCAUUACUCUGACAAUAGAGCUCGUUUGAAGAAAUUGAAAGCCAUUGUGAAUAAUAGUGCAUUACAAUCACAAAUGGCGCAUUUGCUUGUUCAACCGAGGUGGCCACUGGGUGAUGGCCCUGAUUUUCAUGAUCGAUGGCGUAAUGCUUAUAGAAGAUUCAAUGUCAUGCAAUACUUAUACAGAACUUGUUAUCCUUUCUAUCAAAACUUGACAUUUGUAUGUCAGUAUGUCAAUUUUGUUCCAGCUCAACUCUAUCUGAGAACUCGCGGUUAACAAUUCGAUUUUACUUCGAUAAUAAAAAUUGCAAACAUCUG